UUUAAGCCUUGCCUUUUUCAGGGAAGCAAUCUCUGUGCACAGAACAGACUGCUUUCCUCUCCUCUGAGAGCUGUGGGGACUCGGGCAAUGAUCCUUUUCACCAAGGAGCCGUACUCCCAGGAUGCCCUGCACGGCCGCAGCGCCAUCCUCCGCUGCGAGGUGGAGGAGCCAGCAGAUGUGGAGUUUGUAUGGCUGCAGAAUGGGCUCCCCGUUCAGGACACGGAGCAGCGCUUCAAGGAAGGCAGCAACCUCCAGUUUGUUGCUGUCGAUCGGCACCGGGAUGCUGGGGACUUCCAGUGUGUAGCAAGGAACCUGCUCACUGGGGAGGAGGCCCGCACAGCCAAUGCAUCUUUCAAUAUCAAGUGGAUUGAGACAGGCAGUGUGGUGCUGAAGCAGCCAGCCAGCGUAGCUGAGAUCCAGCCCUCCUCCACAGUGGUGCUGCGGUGUCACAUCGACGGCCACCCGCGCCCCACGUGGCAGUGGUUUCGGGAUGGUGUCCCCCUCCCCGAUGGCCGCAGCAGCUAUUCUGUCAGCAACAAGGAGCGAACGCUGACCCUGCAGAGCGCAAGCCCCGACGACAAUGGUCUCUACUACUGCUGUGCCCGCAGUGCUGUCGGCUUCGUCUGCAGCCAGAACAACUUCACGCUGAAUAUCAUCGAUGAGAGCUUUCCUCGGGCGGUGAUCGUCCCACAAGACCUCAUCGUGACAAAGAACGAAGAGGCCAUGUUUGACUGCCAGUUUGCAGCCGUGCCCCCUCCCAUGCAGGAGUGGCUCUUUGAAGACAGCCCCAUCACCAACAGAUCCAAGACCACCGUGUUUGCCAAUGGUUCCCUGCUGGUCACCCAGGUGAGGGCUCGCAGCACCGGUGUCUAUAAAUGUGUUGGGCGUGGACAGAGAGGGAAAGCUCUUGUGCUGAAGGCGACUCUGCGGCUAGCAGAGAUCGAAGAAAUGGAACCCUUCUCCCCAAAGGUGUUGACAGCAAACCAGGGGCACCGUGUGACCUGCACUGCCCCACGAGGCAUACCCACACCCCAGGUCUGGUGGGAGAGGAACCAGGAACGAGUUCCCACUACUGGCAGGGUGCACCAAGAGGCAGAGCAGCUCAUUUUCACCAGUAUCACUGAGACGGAUGCGGGGACCUACACCUGCCAUGCUGCCAACAAGGCUGGAGAGAAGAAACAGGAGCUGAGCAUCACUGUGGCUACGGUACCCAAGUGGGUGGAGAUGCCCAAGGACAGCCAGCUGGAGGAGAGCAAGCCGGGAUACCUGCACUGCCUCAGCAAGGCCUCCCUGAAACCCACCGUCACCUGGUACCGCAAUGGCAUCUCCAUCUCUGAGGACUCACGGUUUGAGAUCUCUGAGAAUGGGACACUGCGCAUCAACAACGUGGAGGUAUAUGAUGGGACCAUGUACAAGUGCGUGAGCAGCACACCAGCAGGCAGCAUCGAGGGAUACGCACGGGUGCAUGUGCUAGAGAAGCUGAAGUUCACGCCUCCACCCCAGCCACUGCAGUGCAUGGAGUUUGAUAAGGAGGUUACAGUGUCCUGCUCAGCCACAGGCCGGGAAAAACCCACCAUCCAGUGGACUAAAACAGAUGGGAGCAGCCUGCCAUCCCAUGUCAGCCACAAUGCUGGCAUCUUGUCCUUCCACAAGGUGAGCAGGAGUGACUCGGGGAACUACACAUGCAUUGCCUCCAACAGCCCACAGGGUGAGAUCCGUGCCACCGUGCAGCUUGUGGUAGCAGUUUAUGUCACCUUCAAGCUAGAGCCAGAGCCCACGACGGUGUACCAGGGGCACACAGCCAUGUUCCAGUGCCAGGCAGAGGGGGACCCCAUGCCGCACAUCCAGUGGAAAGGGAAGGACAAGAUUUUGGAUCCUGGCAAGCUCCUGCCCAGGAUUCAGAUCAUGCCCAAUGGCUCCCUGGUGAUUUACGACGUCACCACUGAGGACUCUGGAAAAUACACCUGUAUCGCCGGCAACAGCUGCAACAUCAAGCACCGCGAGGCCUUCCUAUACGUUGUAGACAAGCCGGCAGCAGAAGAGGAUGAGGGGCCUGGCAGCCCCACACCCUACAAGAUGAUCCAGACCAUUGGGCUUUCAGUGGGCGCAGCUGUUGCCUACAUUAUUAUCGUGCUGGGGCUGAUGUUCUACUGUAAGAAGCGGAGAAAAGCCAAGAGGCUGAAGAAGCACCCGGAGGGCGAGGAGCCCGAAAUGGAGUGUCUAAAUGGUGGUGCUUUGCUGCAGAAUGGGCAGAUGACAGCAGAGAUCCAGGAAGAAGUGGCCUUGACCAACCUAGGCAGCAGCUCUGGGGCCAGCAAGCGGCACAGUGCUGCUGACAAGAUGCACUUUCCACGUUCCAACCUGCAGACAAUCACAACCCUGGGCAGGGGGGAGUUUGGUGAAGUGUUCCUGGCCAAGGCAAAAGGUGCAGAGGAUGGUGAGGGUGAAGCACUGGUCCUGGUGAAGAGCUUGCAGACGAGGGAUGAACAGCUGCAGAUGGACUUCCGGCGAGAGGCAGAAAUGUUUGGCAAGCUAAACCACUCCAAUGUGGUGCGGCUGCUGGGGCUGUGCCGCGAGGCAGAGCCGCACUACAUGGUCCUAGAGUAUGUAGACUUGGGGGACCUGAAGCAGUUCUUGAGGAUCUCCAAGAGCAAAGAUGAGUCUCUCAAGCCGCAGCCGCUUACUACCAAACAUAAGGUGUCUCUCUGCACACAGGUGGCCCUGGGCAUGGAGCAUCUCUCCAAUGGCAGGUUUGUGCACCGGGACUUGGCAGCCAGGAACUGCCUGGUCAGUGCCCAGCGGCAGGUCAAGGUCUCAUCCCUGAGCCUCAGCAAGGACGUAUACAACAGCGAGUACUACCACUUCCGCCAGGCCUGGAUCCCGCUGCGCUGGAUGCCACCUGAAGCUGUUCUGGAGGACGAGUUCUCCACCAAGUCAGAUGUGUGGUCCUUUGGGGUGCUCAUGUGGGAGGUCUUCAUGCAUGGGGAGAUGCCCUACACCCCACUGGCAGAUGAUGAGGUCCUAGCAGGUCUGCAGUCAGGAAAGACGAAGCUCCCGCAUCCCGAGGGCUGUCCUUCCCGCCUCGCCAAGCUGAUGCAGCGCUGCUGGGCCCCCAGCCCUAAGGAUCGACCCUCCUUCAGCGAGCUUGCCACUGCCCUCGGGGACAGCCCAGCUGACAGCAAGGCCUGAGCAUCCCGGCCCUUGCUGGGGGAAGGAUGCAGUGGGGUGGACAGGGGUCUGUAGGUGCCUGGGGAGCCCCUGGCGCUCCUGUGGCCCCUUGCUGAGCACAACCCCGAUGCACCAGCGAGCAGCUCGGUACCAGCAGCUGCUGGACUCAAAGCACAAGCCAGUGUACCCCAGCCCCACCCCCCCCUCUCCUCCACAGUUCCCAAAAAGCAGCCCUUGCUGCCUCUUGCUCUCUGCCUGCCCAGCCCGGUGCCCUUGGGCUGCUGGUGUGGAUGGAGCGCAGCUCCCCAUCACCCGGCAAGAGCUGGGCUCCAGCACCAGGCUCUCCCUCCCCGCUCACCACGUGCAUAUCUGCUGGCCUGGUCUGGCGCCUCUCUAUAUCCAUCUGUGCUAGGCAUGCCUGACUCCCCCAUGCCCCAGGGGUGCAGGCCAGCCAGCAGGAACACGAAGUGCCUGGCAUAUGAAGGAGCUCACUACCUUUCCCAACUACCCUGUGCCUUUUUUUUGUACGAUGACUCUGGGCAGCGCCCCCUCUCUCCCUCUUCCUCUUCCAGAGUGCUGACUCCUCCCUACCAUAGUAUUUCUGUUACUGGAAUGCAGCCUAGAGUGGGUUAGUUUGUUUGCUUGAGCAGAGGGUAUGGCAGCCAAAAAGGGUUGGGUUUUGUUGGGUUUUUAUGUGCUGCUCUCAAUAAAGAAGGCUUUUUUUGGGGGGGUUUGGUCUUUGUAAGAUACUGCUGUCAGAUGGCUGUUUGACUGUUUUUCUCCACAUGGUUCCUGGGACGUGUUGGGGGAUGGUUCCUCAGGCAUGUCCCCUGUGUUUAACCCUUUUGCCUCAUAUCCAGCUGGAUCUGAGAUGCAGUUCCCAGCCUGUUGUGUCCUGAGGGAGCACUUUGCCUCAGUGCUUACUGCCUCACUGGGCAGUCAUGGAUUGCUCUCCAGGAGGGACAUGUGCCUCAAGGGAAAAUGUCCCUCUUGGACUCCCUGCAAGCUUUCAUAACGACUGUUCUCUUUUGUAAUUGAGUUUAUGCACCCACCCCUGUGGCCUGGGGCAGCUUUGCAGCCAGCACGUUGUUGUGAUUUGCACAGAUUUCAGCUGCUGCUUCUUACAGGGCUGAGGAGCUAGCAGGGCCAGGCCUGGAUAAGGAUACUAGGGUGGGACUCCUGCUGUCACGUGUGGACUGCCAGCCAAUGAUCCUGAGAAACGGCAGGGUCCUGGGGAAGGAGAGGUGGGCAAAUGGUAUACAAGAAGCACCAGUCCUCACAGCUUGAACGUGAGCCAAGCUAGCAUGGGGUAAGCCUUUUCCCUUGGAGCCAGAGUGGGAGCCUGGGGUUGGCCAAGCUGCAGAACAGCAUUUUCAGUUGCUGCACAGCUCUGGGUUGGGGGUUUAUAGAGAAAGAUGUGAGGUCUUCCCUGAGGCCCACAGGGGCUGGACUUCAGGCAAUGAGCACAAGCUGCACAAGGGAAAUUCAUACUUGGUAUUAUGCUUCCCUGCAAGGGUGGUAAAAGUCUGAGACAGUCCCAGAGAAGCUCUGUCAUCAGAGAGACUCAACCCUGGACCAGAUAAGCCCUGAAUCUAGUUGGUUCUGCUUUAAAGCAGGGAGUGACCAGAAACGUGCAGGAUCCCCUUCCCACCUCUGCUAUCCAGAGAGGCUAUGGAGAUGCCGGAGGGUGAACAGGGCUCAUUCCUUGGAAUGUGCUAUCUGGCACUGAGCUCAGAUUUGAUC